CCUUGGUUGGAUCCAUCGGCAUGGGGAUGGUCUUCUUUUGCUCUCCCAUCGUCAGCAUCUUCACCGAUCGGAUCGGAUGCCGGACCACUGCUGCCUCGGGAGCCGCCAUAGCUUUCAUUGGCCUCCUCUCCAGUUCCUUCACCAAGUCCCUGGAGGUCCGCUACUUCACCUAUGGAAUCCUCUUUGGUUGUGGCAGCUCCUUCGCCUUCCACCCAUCCCUGGUCAUUCUGGGCCACUACUUCAAGCGACGCCUCGGUCUGGCCAACGGACUGGUGACGACCGGCAGCUGCCUUUUCUCCAUGGGUCUCCCAUUCCUCCUGAAUAUUGUGGGGAAGGCCCUUGGCCUCCCUCGCACCUUCCAGAUGCUGAGCGCCUUCCUGUUGGUCCAGAUCUUCUUGUCGCUGACCUUCCGCCCAAUGUUGCCCUCGGUCUCAAGUCCUCGAGAUAGGGAGAUCAAACUAGACACCCGGAGCUGGAGGCAGCAAUGCAUGUCACAGAUGCGGAAGUAUUUCAACUUGCGAGUCUUCCAAAGAAAGACGUACCGAGUUUGGGCCUUUGGCAUAGCUACUGCCAUCCUGGGAUACUUUGUCCCUUACAUGCAUCUGGUGAAGUUCGUAGAAGAGCAAUUCAAAGAAAAGGAAAGGUCCUGGAUUGUGCUUGUUUGCAUAGGAGCAACGUCAGGAAUUGGACGGCUGGCCUCCGGACCCAUCGGUGAUCUCAUCCCUGGAUUAAAGAAAAUAUAUUUGCAGGUUGCAUCCUUCAUCAUCUUGGGCAUCAUGUGCAUGAUGUUGCUACAGUGCCAAGCAUUUUGGGGGGUGAUUGUCGUCUGCCUCUUCCUUGGACUCUGUGAUGGACUCUUCAUCACCAUUAUGGCCCCCAUUGCCUUUGAGCUGGUUGGGCCCAUGGAGGCUUCUCAAGCCAUUGGCUAUCUCCUGGGACUCAUGGCCAUCCCCAUGUCAGCUGGCCCACCAAUUGCAGGAUUCCUUCAUGACCAUUUUGGAAAUUACCAGCUUGCCUUCUACUUUGCUGGAGUUCCUCCAAUAAUUGGAGGUCUCAUUCUUGCGUUCGUUCCCUUCAUCCAUCAAUCUCAGCUCAAGAAGAAGCGACUGGAUUCGGGGAAAGACAAGAUGUUGGGUUCAGAGAUGGUCCCAAAUGGAGAACUCCUCCCAGGUGCUCCAACAACAGAGGGAGCUACAUUGUAAACUCUGGCUUGGUUACCCAUCCUGCCACCAGCAGCGUUUUCUGAGCCGAUCUUGCGAAAGAAGAACCUCUUGUGUGAUAUGAGAAAAUCACUCUGUUGGUCGGCCCUGAUCACAUUCUUGGCUUUCAAGUUGAAUUUGAGUUUCUUUUAACUCUUUCUUUCUUUCUUUCCUACCGAACAUUCUCAUUGUUCCCACAUUUAUGUCCCAGCUGUGAUUUUUUCCCCCCAGUUAGCACAUUAGUGGAUUAUGCAUAGAUGACGGUUAUGACACUUUAAUAGAUUGUGUUGGACCAUUUCCUUUCCCCCCCUCCAAAUAGAUUCUGUAGCCAUUCUUAGUUAUUUUGCUGACAGUGAGCUUAAAUUCACUGGAAACUCCCUCCGGAGCACCUUGUGAAGCUGCCAAAUUCUCAGAAGUAAAUUAAUAGAUAUUGACGGAGACAGAAGGACAAGAGCUGGAUGGGGGGGAUUCUGAAUCCUUUUCCGAGAAGUUUUCUUUUCAACCAGCAAGUUCAGCCCUUUUCUCCUGUCUCCCUAAAAGCUGUCCCUGAAGAAGUAAUUAGGCUUUCCCCCCCUUCCAGUUCCUUUGGGUUGUGAAUUCUUUGUUUGAUUUCUUUUACAUAUUAAAUGAACCUCAAAAGUAAGAAUAAUUCCUCAUUUAUGGAUACAGUUGAGGGAUACAUUGAUGCUCUUUU